GUGUCCUUAUCCCACGUGCCCUCAUGGAGCCUCUGCAACCACUCUUCUCAGGCUGCAGGUGGGGCAACCUGUCUAGUCUGCUCACCUGCCAGUCUCAGGCCUCAACCAGCGCCAGGAGGAACAUAGCAGGCGUCAAAUAGGUGUGCAAAUCCACAUGGUAGGGCAGGGCACUCUGCGUAGGACAACAGUGACAGCAGCUGCAGCUCCAUUAGCAUGUGCUGUCCAAUCCCACCCCAGACUGGGCACUAUGAGGUAUUCCUGGCUCCAUCUGCACCAGGAUUAGGGUAGGGAGUGCGCUGUGCAUUCCCAGACGAGGAGAUAGGGGCAAGAAAAGAUGGGCCGCCAUACAUGGAAAGAGAUGAGAGAGCUUCCCCCAACCUCCACAGCCACUGAACUGCCCUGCCCAUGUGGGUGAGGUCCUGUGAGUCUCCUGGGAUCCACAGAGACCUUGGCAACAACGCAAACCACCAGGGUUUGUCACAGCAACAGCCACCAGGGAGUCUGAGAUUCCUUUUGCUAUGGAGCAUGCAGCGUCCACAGCCCCUAGGCCAGGGGCUCCACAUCAGGCCAUUGAGAAUGUGAGUUUCCCAGGGUGCUGCUGCUCCUGCCAAUGGAGUCAGGGGUCUUCCCUGUCCCCAGAGGCCAAGAGAAGUGCAGGCCCCUGCAUCAUAGGUCUGACCCUGGCCAGGGGAGGGGCCCAAUAGGCUGGUGGAGGGCUUGUGACUCCAUGGGCGUGGGGCCACAGCCCAGCCUGGGACCCACCUGGAGCUCCCCAGGUUGUGCUCCAACCUGAGAACUGGCGGCAAGAAGUUCCUAGGGGCCCCCCAACAUGGACCACCAGCCUUGAGACAGAGCUUCUGUCAGAUCUUGAGCUGAGUGAGGAGCAGCGGCUGCAGAUCUCCAAAGAGCUGGUUGACAUUCAGAUCACAACCCAUCACCUACGAGAACAGCACGAGGCUGAAAUCUUCCAGCUGAAGAGUGAGGUCCUUUGGCUGGAAAACCGGGUGCUAGAGCUGGAGCUGCGUGGAGAUCAUGCCAGCCAGGCGCAUGCACCCCCAGCAGAGGCUGACCUAGGGCACCACCAAGCACCAGCCCAAGAGCUCAAGGGCAAAUCCCAGAGCCCUAGAUGUUCCAACCACCACAGAUUCCAGUUUCAGAGAAACAAGGAGCAGCUGAAGGGAGAAGUGGAUGGGGCGCUGGAGCGUCACAAGGUCUGGCAGCAGGUGCUGGAGUCACGCGUGGCAGCCCUGAGCUGGCAGCUGCAGGAAGCCCAAGAUGAGGCCAGGGCAGCUGGACAGAGACUGGCUGCACAGGCUGUGGUGCUGUCUACCUGCCAGGGCCAGCUUCGCCAAGCUGAGGCUGAGAACUCCCGGCUGCAGCUGCAGCUCAAACAGCUGAACAAGGAGUACACCUUCCGGCUGCAGCACUGUGCUAGAAAGGUGGUGGAGUAUGCCAAUGGUGCAGGCCAGGCGCCUGUACCCACAGCCCUUCGGACAUUCCUGGAGGCCACUCUGGCGGACAUUAGGGCGGCACACCACAGCCGUGAGCAACAGCUGGCCCGGGCUGCUCGCACCUACCGCAAGCAGCUAGCGGAUCUGAACCAUAGGCAAGAGGAACUGCUGGCCUCCCACAGGCGCCUGAAUGCUGCAUCCUGGGCCCAGAUCCACCAGAAACUCCAGAACUUCUCCCUUGGUACUCAGGCAGAGCUGGAGCAGGAGAGGGCACAGCUGUUGGUUCGGGCCACAGUAGCUGAGAAGCAACUUUCUGAGCUACAGGAGUAUGUGGACCAGCAUCUGGGCAGAUACAAACAGGAAAUCCUGAGGCUGAGGAAGCUGGCGGAUACAAGGAACCCCUGGACAGUUGGGGCCAUGCCCCCAGCCAAACCCCAACAUCUAAGGACAUGCAGCCACUAGCUGGUCUUCCAGUGAGCACAGAGCAGACUCCUUUGCAGCCAACAUGGAGCCCUCCCACCCAACCCUCUGCAAAACAAGAGUC